AUGCUCUUCCGCCUCCGUCUGAGACCCUCGAGUCUCCCCUCGGCCCUCACAAAGCGCAAUGGCCCGCUCAAGUCUGCUCUGCGCCCCCUCUCCGCCACCGCCAUCUCCCGCAGCUCUGACUCCCCCCUCAACCGCACCUCCGCGACCAUUACGCAGCCAAAGUCGCAGGGCGCCUCGCAGGCCAUGCUCUACGCCACCGGCCUGACAGAGACCGACAUGUCCAAAGCGCAAGUCGGGAUCUCGUCCGUCUGGUACUCUGGAAACCCCUGCAACAUGCACCUGCUAGACCUCAACAACCGCGUUCGUGACGGCGUACGCGCCGCCGGGCUCGUGGGCUACCAAUUCAAUACCGUCGGUGUCAGCGACGGCAUCAGCAUGGGCACCAGCGGCAUGCGCUACUCGCUGCAGUCGCGCGACCUCAUCGCCGACUCCAUCGAGACUGUCAUGGGCGGGCAGUGGUAUGAUGCCAACAUCUCCAUCCCCGGCUGCGACAAGAACAUGCCUGGCGUGAUCAUGGCCAUGGGCCGUGUUAACCGCCCGUCGCUCAUGGUCUACGGCGGCACCAUCCAGCCUGGAAAGUCAAAGUGCAUGGGCAACGCCGAGAUCGACAUCGUCAACGCCUUCCAGUCGUACGGCCAGUUCAUCACCGGCGAGAUUAACGAGGAGACGCGCUUCGACAUUAUCCGCCAUGCAUGCCCUGGGUCCGGCGCCUGUGGAGGCAUGUACACCGCCAACACCAUGGCCACGGCCAUCGAGUCCAUGGGAAUGACCCUCCCCGGAUCCUCCUCUAACCCCGCUGAGUCGCCCGCAAAGGCGCAGGAGUGCCUCGAAGCCGGUCUGGCAAUCAAGAACCUGCUCGAGAAGGACAUCAAGCCGCGCGACAUCCUCACCCGCGCCGCCUUCGAGAACGCCAUGGUGGUCGUCAACAUCACCGGCGGGUCCACCAACGCCGUCCUGCACCUCAUCGCCAUCGCCCACUCCGUUGACGUCAAGCUCACCAUCGACGACUUCCAGUCCGUGUCUGACCGCAUCCCCCUCCUCGCCGACCUCAAGCCCUCAGGCAAGUACGUCAUGGCCGACAUCCACACCAUCGGCGGCACCCCCGCCCUGCUCAAAUACCUGCUCGAGCAGGGCCUCAUCGACGGCUCCAUCAUGACCGUCACCGGCCAGACCAUGGCCGAGAACCUCGCAAAGGCCCCCGGCUUCCCCGCCGACCAAAAGAUCAUCCGCCCGCUCUCCAACCCCAUCAAGUCCACCGGCCAUAUCCAGAUCCUCCGCGGCUCCCUCGCCCCAGGCGGCUCCGUCGGCAAGAUCACCGGCAAAGAAGGCCUCCGCUUCGAAGGCAAAGCCAAGGUCUACGACUGCGAAGACGACUUCAUCACCGCGCUCGAGCAGGGUGCCAUCAAGAAGGGCGAGAAGACCGUCGUCGUGAUCCGCUACGAGGGCCCCAAGGGCGCGCCCGGAAUGGUGGAGAUGCUGAAGCCCUCGUCAGCCAUCAUGGGUGCUGGCCUCGGGCAGGACGUGGCGCUCAUCACCGACGGCCGCUUCUCGGGCGGGUCGCACGGCUUCCUAAUUGGCCAUAUUGUACCAGAGGCGCAGGAGGGCGGGCCGAUUGGGCUUGUGAGGGACGGCGACAAGAUUGUGAUUGAUGCGGUGGAUAGGAAGUUGGAUUUGUUGGUGGAUGAGGAGGUGUUGGUGGAGAGGAGGAAGGAGUUUGUGCCGAAGCCGUUGAAGUAUACGAAGGGGACUUUAUACAAGUAUACCAAACAAGUCUCGGACGCCAGCCACGGAUGCAUCACGGACGCUUAG